CCCCGACCGAGUUGGCGAGUCGCAAUUCGCCGCCGUGUCCUGGGGGAGCCAAGAUCGCGAGGAGGGGAUUUGCGGCGCCGAGAGCGGCAGCGACGGGGUGGUGGCGACAGAGCUGCCACUCGAAGCACAAGUGCUAGCUAGCUUCUCAUCCUUCUCAUCCACCUUCACCCGCGUGGAUCUCCUCUGUGACCACAACCAUCGCGAAAGCACAUUUCUUCACGCUCGUGGCGGACUGUUGAAGGUCGUAUUGUCGAUGAGGCUGAUCGAAUCGCUGUGGCGAGAGGUUCGAGACCUGACCCUCGGCAACACCUCCUCCGUCCACCGCCUCGAUUCGCCUCCGGCGCCGCUCGAGUUCCUUCGCGACUUCGUCUCUCUCAACAAACCCUGCCUCAUCUCCAAAGCUGCCACCGCUCACUGGCCGGCCACCGCUCUCUGGCGCGACCGCGCAUACCUCACUCGCGCCCUCUCUUCCUCCUCCGUCACCGUCCAUCUCACCCCCAAUGGACGCGCCGAUUCGCUCGCUCCCAUUGACUGCUCCGCCUCAUCGCCGCCGCCGCCGCCUCUCUGCUUCGCCUCUGCUCACGCGCAGCGUGUGCCAUUUGCCGAAGCGCUGGAGAUGAUCUCGAGGAGUAGUCGGGAGAGCAAUUUUGUCGCGUACGCGCAGCAACAGAACGAUUGCUUCCGAUCGGAGUACGGACCUCUGGCUCGCGAUUGCGAUGAGCAUGUUCCGUGGGCGAGCGAAGCCCUAGGUUCCUUGCCGGAGGCCGUGAAUCUGUGGAUUGGGAAUCACUUCUCGGAGACUUCUUUUCACAAGGAUCACUACGAGAAUCUCUACGCUGUUGUCACCGGCGAGAAGCAUUUCCUGCUCCUUCCUCCGACCGAUGUCCAUCGUAUGUAUAUUAAAGCUUACCCCGCAGCCCAGUACUCGUAUAUUAAGGAAACUGGGGAAUUCAAGCUGGAAGUGGAAGAACCAAUCAAGUAUGUACCUUGGUGCAGUGUCAAUCCUUAUCCUUUGCCAGAGAACUUGGAGAGUGAGACGGCGAAUUUUCCAUUGUAUUUCAGUGGUCCCAAGCCGUUUGAGUGCACGGUCAAGGCUGGGGAGAUCCUUUACUUACCAAGUAUGUGGUUUCAUCAUGUUAGACAGAUUCCAGAUGACACAGGACUCACCAUUGCUGUUAAUUAUUGGUAUGAUAUGCAGUUUGAUAUGAAAUAUGCAUAUUUCAACUUCUUGCAAUCGAUCGUAUACCAACCGAUACAUGAACACACAGGGACUGAAGGAGAGGCUGAAGAUUUACAGCCUGCAUGCUGUUGUAAAUCAGGGUCUCAAUGAGCUGCAGCCCAUCGAUCCAUAUCUGAAAUUCUUUAUUGCUUUUCUCUGGUUUAUUGAUGAAAUCUU